AUGAAAUCGGAGAUGGAACCUCUCAUGGUUCAGAUUCUACCUGACCUUCACCGAUCAUCAUCAACGACGUACAUUUUCACUAAACCCAAGUCUAAACCGGCGAAAGCGAUUAUCCUGCUAAAGGCCGCUUCCUUCGCUAUCACGUUAGGGUUAUUCUUUCUUUUCUUUACAAUUGUACUCUGCGAAUACUGGCCAAGUUCGUUCAGGUACAGCGUCGUUAUCGAUGCUGGGAGUUCGGGGACCCGAAUUCAUGUGUUCAGGUACAAGAUUGAGUCUGGGAAACCGGUUUUUGAUUUCGGUGAGGAGAAUUACGCUAGUAAGAAGCUGAGUCCUGGAUUAUCGGCGUAUGCUGAUAAUCCAGACCAAGCAAGCGUGUCAGUCACGGAGCUUGUGGAAUUCGCCAAGGGGAGAAUCCCGAAUGGAAGGUUGAAGAAGAGUGAUAUUAGGUUGAUGGCGACCGCUGGGAUGAGAUUGCUUGAAGUAGAUGUUCAAGAACAGAUUCUUGAAGUUACAAGAAGAGUUCUUAGAUCUUCAGGGUUUAAGUUCCAAGACGAAUGGGCAACGGUUAUCUCUGGAUCUGAUGAAGGUAUAUAUGCUUGGGUUGUUGCUAAUUAUGCGAUUGGUUCGCUUGGAGGUGAUCCGUUGCAAACAACGGGGAUUGUUGAACUCGGCGGGGCUUCUGCACAGGUGACAUUUGUGUCGAGUGAGCAUGUGCCUCCUGAGUUCUCGCGUACGAUAUCUUAUGGAAAUGUUUCAUACACUAUCUACAGUCACAGCUUCCUCAACUAUGGUGGACAGGACGCAGCACAAGAAAAGUUAUUGGAGUCACUCCAGAACUCAGUUGCAAACUCUACCGGGGACGGAAUAGUGACUGACCCUUGUACUCCUAAAGGAUACAUUUACGACAAAAAGUCAAUUCAAGCUGCUGGUAAUUUCUCAAAAUGCCGAGCCGCAACAUUUGCAAUGUUGAAGGAAGGAAAAGAGAACUGUGCUUAUGAGCAUUGUUCUAUUGGAUCGACAUUCACACCUACUAGUCUUCAAGGAAGUUUUUUGGCUACAGAAAAUUUCUACCACACCUCCAAGUUCUUUGAGUUGGAAGAACAAGAUUGGCUAUCUGAAAUGAUUUUAGCCGGAACGAGUUUCUGUGGUGAAGAAUGGUCCAAUUUGAAAGUGAAAUACCCAAAAACUAAAGAAAAAUAUUUGAAUGGAUAUUGUUUCUCAUCAGCUUAUAUUAUCUCAAUGCUUCAUGAUAGUCUUGGUGUUCCUCUUGAUGAUGAAAGAAUCAAGUAUGCGAAUAAAGCAGGAGAAAAAGAGAUACCACUAGAUUGGGCAUUGGGAGCAUUUAUACUAAAUACUCCCACAACAAUUUCUGAUUACGGUGGUAAAUCUAGAAAAAUGUUUGGUUUUGGUAACGAAACCAAAUAUAAAAUAUGA